AUUUUUACUUUAGCUGAGAAGUCUCGUGAAGACCGGGCAGCCACGUACGGUCAUAGGCCUACGACUGUUCGUUCUAUUUAUCUCCAGGAAGAUUAAUUUUACGUGCGCAGUAUGUGCAGCGACUGGUGUUCCUCGUAGUUGAUCUUGUAUAUUUGGAAGAAAACAAUGGCAUCUAACUCGGUGUUGGGGAAUGGUGAAAUGGCCAAUGGUUGUGCCACCCCACAAAAUGGAUUGAUUGGUCACUCUACUCCUGCCAACCAUUUGGGCACACUUGAUGAAACUUUGCACCAUAUGAAUAUGCUUAUUAAAGAGAACAGUGAUCUCAAAGAGUCUCUAAAGCAAACCAAUAUGUCUAUGAAAGAAAGAUUUGAAAAUCUUGCUCUGUGGAAGGAGAAGCAAAAGGAGGACAGAGAAUAUCUGGAGAAAAAUGUGCAAGAAGCCAGGGAAAGAGUGAGCAGUCUGACCAAACAUAAUGAAGAGCUAAGAAAGAAACUGCAGGCCUUUGAAGAUGCUGGAACUGAUAAGAUUCUGUUUCAAGAUCUUCAUCUGGAAAUUGAGCAACUCAAAACUAUGAUCAACCGCUUGAAAGCUGAAAAGUCUGAUCUGGUUGCCAUGAAUUCUGAACUACAGCUGAAACUGGGAAACCAAUCACCAGAAAAUUCAUUUGUUGAGAUAAGAAUUGCAGAAGGAGAGAAGAAUCCUGUUAACAAUGCACCAAAUGAUUCUCUUCUUUUUAGCAGGAAUAAAUACAGUGAGGAUACCAAUACUACUUUGGAUUCAGAAGAAUUAACUGUUUGCCAGCUGCUUCAGUCCUUGCGAAGUGAAAGUCAGAAAGUUGAAAAACUUCAUCUUCAGCUUCAAGCUGCUAAAGAGAGAUUGACAGAGAUAGAAAUUAAAAAAGGGGCUGCUGUUGAAGAUGAAACUCAGACUGAAGUGUUAAUAACUGAAAUAGCCACACAAACAAUAGAAACAUGUAGAGGAGCUGAUAAGAAGGAUGAAAUGACUUCUUAUGAAGUUGAUAAUUUGAAGUCCCAAGUAAAAUCUUUAUUUGAAGAAUUGCAACAGACACAGAGUAAAGUGGAUGAGGCUGAAAAAAUGAAGAAGACUUUGCAAGAGAAAUGUCUCAGUUUGGAGCAGAAUCUUUCGACAUUACAAGUACAAUUAGGUGAUAAACAGCAAAUCUUGCAUGAGAAUGAAAAGUUGAAGCUGCAAUUGGAUAGCCUACAAUCUAUAAAUAAAAUGGGGCAGACGAAAACCGAGGAAGACAAGAGAAAGCUUGCCCAGUUACAAGAGGCAUACAAGAAGCUUUUUGAAGAUUAUAAUGAAAAUAAGAAAAUGGUGGAGGGAAUGAAAGCAAGACAGGAAGAAGAAAAUGAACUUGUUGCCAGAAUUUGUAAUGCAGAGGAAGCCCUAGCUGCAAAGCAGCUAAAAAUUGAUGAAAUGAAGCAGCAUAUUUUUAAGCAAGAACAAGAAUUGGAAACUGUGUCAGUCUUUAAGGCCCAGGCUGAAGUUUAUUCUUCUGAUUUCUAUGCUGAAAGGGCAGCAAGGGAAAAGAUUCAUGAAGAAAAGGAACGGCUUGCAACCCAGGUGGAGUUUUUAAAAAAGCAGAAUGCCAAAUUACAGGAGGACCUUGAACAGUUUGGAAGGUUAUCACUAAAUGAUAUGAAGGAAAGACAUGUUCCCAGGGGAGCCAGUCCUCCAAGCAAUGCUCAACAAAUGAAUCCACGGGGAGCAAGAGCUCCUGAAAAUCGAGAUUGGCAGCAGCAAGUUACUAUUCCUGAACACGCCUGCCCAAAAUGCAAUGAAGUUCUUCCAGAUAUUGACAGUCUCCAGAUACAUGUCAUGGACUGCAUUAUAUAGCUGAUAUCAGCUGCUAAAGUAUUGUACAGUUUGCGAACUGAAAAUAAUAGAAGACAUUAAUCUUGUGUAUAAAAUCUCUAAAGAAUCAACUGUACAACUUUGCUGUUUGUACAGUUUAAUUUAUGAUAAACCUCAAAUAACUGGUUUGUUAUAUAAUAGUCUGGCUCUGCAGAUAGUGCGUUCAUUUCGUCUGAUUUGACACACUUUCUAUUUUCUGCCCCCAAAUAGAAUUUCUUUUACAGUAUUGACAAAUGUCAAUGAUUGAAAAUUAUUUUAAUACUGUUUAUCUUAUUCUGUUUUUGCUUUAAAUGGCAGUUUGUAAAAUAUGUUAAAAUUGAAUUGUGUUAUAGAGAUGGUGCGAGUAGAUUACAGGAAAGUAGUAAACAACUACAUUCAAGCAAAA